CUGGUGCUUCUUUUUGUGACAUUAAUUUGCAGCAAAUUUUUAAGGAAGAAAACAAAAGUACGUAAAAGAAAGAUUUUAACGGAGAAACCGGAAACAGUGGAGAAUGUUGAGGGCGCAUUUGAUACGUAUGUCCCAAAAGAGCAGGAUGGAUUCGAUAACUAUAUGCCGCAAUCGUCAGUUUUUGGGAUGGGGACGAAUCGAUGUAAAAGGGAAAUUUUGGCGGAGAAAGCCGAAGCAGCGGAGGAUUUUGCAGGCGAAUUUGAAACAUAUGCUCCAAAAGAAUGUGAUGAAUUCGAUACCUAUGUUCCAUCAUCUCCAAAAAAGCGGAAAAAAAUAAAACGCCUUGGAAAACGUCCUAAUGGCUGGAAGCAAUCGGUAUCGCGCUUGUUUGUUGAAGAAAACGGUCCAGAAACGCAAAAUGGCUAUGAGGAGUAUUCUGCAUGGUAA